AUCGGCAUCAUGGGGAAAGGCUGUUUGACCGCCACCAAGUACUUCCUGUUUCUCUUCAACCUCAUCUUCUUCCUGUGUGGAGCUCUCAUCAUGGGUUUUGGACUGUGGCUCCUCCUGGACAAUCAGAGCUUCAUCGUCGUUCUCAAUAACUCCACAGCUGUGAAGGUGGCGUGCUACAUCCUGAUCGGGGUCGGAGCGUUCUCCAUGCUCAUGAGCUUCCUCGGCUGUUUGGGAGCCAUUUAUGAGAUCCGCUGUCUGCUCGGCCUGUACUUCACCUGCCUCGUCCUCAUCCUCAUCGCUCAGAUUGCAGCCGGCGCCCUCAUCUACUUCCAGAAGGACGUGCUCCACGGGGAGAUGUCAAAGGUCGUCACCAAGGUUUUGGAUGACUACCCCGGGAACAACUCGACCACGGAGCAGGCCUGGGACUUUAUCCAGAGGAAGAUGGAGUGCUGUGGGUGGAACGGUGGUAACGAUUGGAACGGGAACAUGGUGAUCGUGAACAGUUCCCGCCUCUUGUUUCCGUGCUCCUGUCAGAACGUCUCCGUGUCCUCCGGUAACUUCUCCGAAAGCGGAUUCUGCGAGGCUCAGACGCCCGACUGGCCCGUCUACAGCACGGGCUGUGCUGACAGCGUGGAGAGCUGGUUGCUCACAAACAUCGGGGUCGUCCUCGGGAUCUGCCUCGGAGUCGCUUUCAUUGAGCUGCUGGGGAUGAUCCUGUCGAUGUGUCUGUGCAGAAACAUCCACACAGAGGAUUACACCAAAGUGCCAAAAUACUGAAGCUGCACGUUCCCCGACCAACCCGCAGAACAACCCAGAAGAAGAAGAAGAAGUUUAAAUAAUGUGUUUUUAUGAUUUUUUUUUACCCGGCCUGUGUUUGGUGAAACUUUUUGUCCAAAUGUAAAAUAAUGUUUGCUUUCUAUUUUAUUCAGACGUUUUCUCUUUGAGGCACUGCCUUCGUGUUCGGCUGUCCGUUCCCGCUUUUCUUUUGGAGCACUUAAGAUACGACAAAGAGGAGUAAUCCAAGGUGAGCGCUCUCACUGCCAUUUUCCACAUCGUCCGUGCUCGCUGCGGUCCGUCAGCGCCGUUUUGCGUCCACUCUAUUCGGUCUCUGGAGCGUCCCAGCAGCGCCGCUACGCUCUGCUCCGUUUCAAAUACGCUGCGAGUCUAUUUUCAACGGAGCUCGCUGCAGGCAUGCGUCAAACUGGACAGAAUAGAACGACCCAAACGGGAAGUCAGGCAAUCUGCUAAUUUCAAAAUAAAACACAACAAACAGACUCCUGAUCGUUUAUUCCAUCACUUCAUCAACAUGACGUCAAAACAGAAUGAACAACAAAUCAUCCUCAGAGAGACAAAGCAUCAUGUUGUUAGCAUGUUGUUCUCUGUAUUCCCGCGUGAUCUCCCGUGAUCUUGUGGAGCAGAACCGUGGCUCUCACUAGUGUUGUGGUACUCUAAAUCGGUCCGGGACUAAGUUAGUGACACACUGCACACAAGAUGAUGAUUUUUUUAUCUAAAUUUAUGGUCUUGGUCUCAGUCUCGGUCUCGCGGUCUUGACUACAACCCUAGCUCUCACAGAACACAGCUUGCACAGACGUUGCGGAAAUGGUCUUUCAGGCUCAGAUUGAGGUCUCGCUGGUUUCCUCUGAGUGGCGCCGCUUCAUCGUUCCCCUGAAAGACCCCAACAGAAACCUUUCCUCUCUAACGUCUGCGGCUCAGCGAGGAACACCAAUAAGCUGCCGACUGGAGAACCCCGCCUGAAUAAUGUGUUUUUUUAUUUUUAUACACCAGCGUUUGAGUUGUUGUGACAUGUUUUUGGUACUCUGUAUAUAAUUUGUGAAUUUAAAUCCCGACGGCAUUUUCUCGAGCGGCCGCUCUCUCUCCUUUUUACGAAGCUUUGGACGUUUUUUCAUGUUUCCUUCAUUUUCAUUUGAUUUGUUCUUAACAGAAAUAAUAAUAAGGUACUAAAGAGGAACGUUUGGAUGGUACUGUUUUUUUGAAAGGGGGGUUUCACAUCAGGGACCCGGGCCCGGAUCCGGAUCGAAGUACGCUUGACCCCAAAGUCCGGUUCAUUAAAUCAGUGAGAACACAAACAUACCGUGCUCAGGCACCGUGUCUGAGUCCUCAGACAGGCACAAAUCAUGUGUUCUCGAGUCCGGUCCGCGGGAGAGGUGAACGCAAACGUGCUCAAACCAGGAAGUGCCCCACUAUAUGACGGGGGGUGAGGAAUCGUGUAGGCCACGGUAUGAAUCAAUCGUGCCUGAUGUGACACCGCCCUGAGAGAAUCGCUCCCGGUUUACAAUCAUCCGAAGAGCCAAAUUAAAACGAGACUUUUAGUUGUUGUCCGACGUUAACCUGAACGAGUAAAACGUUUCUUCGUAACCGCCGACAGAGAGACGACGAGAGACGAUGUUGGAGCUGAAAUAAUAUUUUUUGUUGAAAUGUGUUUAAACUUUGACUCCGUGGCGGUCGUGUUGUUUUUAUAAUGUUUAAGUCCUCCGUCCUGUUUCUGUCUCGAUGUACAGUCUGUAUGAAAACUCUCCUUUGACCUUUAACCUUUGUAACCAAUCAGAAGACCCUAAAGGAUUCUUUAUAACUCCAUGAACUUCUGUGAGAAAGCUGGAGACGUCCGCGUGUACUCACAACAUUCAACUGAUUUCAUGUUGACAAUAAACUCAUUACAGGACUC